AGUUGGGCUAUUGGUUGUGAACCUUGUGUACCCUUACUCGUCCCAAGUAUUUUUUAUACUUCAUUUGACGGUGUGAAGUUUUUAUUUCCUAGGUAAGCAGUCUUUGAUCUUAUUUUUGGUCAUUUUAACUUUAUAAAUUAUCUUCCAAAAUUGGGAGUUGUAAGGUUUUUACCCUAAAAAAGCGCCAUGUCGUAAUGUACAAGCGCCAUAUUUUUUUGCAUAAAAACUUUUUGAAUAAAUUAUCUACUUUCUAUUCAUUUUGAAUUCAAACUAAAUCUUUUCCUUAUUUCAUCAGCUUACGAAUUUUGCCUCACUGCAGCCUUUAUAUAUCUAAUAUAUAUAUAUAAAUUAUGAAGUUUCCAUUUGACUCGAAGACACCGGCAGAGGUCAAUGACUCUGACUCUGAAAAUGAAUAUGAUCAGGAGAAUGACCCCGACAGACUUUUAUUUCGUCAAGAUGACGAAUAUAAUCAUAGUAACAGAGGAAAUAUACCUCAAUUCAACGUUCAGCCCAAUGUAGGAGAUUUCAGCUAUCCGCUGCUCCAACCGAUAUUGAAUUUGAAUUUCGCCGCCAACGGAAUUAGUGAAUCCGUUCUUGGCAGAGUUAAUGUUCUUGAUAUUCAUUCACCGGCUCCUUUCUUUCCGUAUAACGAGAGCGGUGAUAGCGAUAAGGAAAAUUCUGGAGAUUCACCAGGGCACCGUACACCAUCUACUCCGCGAAGUCCUCUAACGCCAAUGCAAGUUGAGGUCACCGAAUCGACUGACUCUGAGGAUGGUAACAAUUUCGUUGUAUAUCAUAAGUGGUUCAGACCAGGUCGUAUAACUGUCGAUACGGACGAUGAAUCUGAUUAUUCAAGUGAUGAAGAUGACGACGAACCGGAAAGAAUGACUCCUAUUAGAAGUGAUCUUAUUUAUCUCAAGAGAGCCAAUUGGUGGAAUAGACUAAAUCACAAUGUUGACGAGGCAACCAAGUUCCCAGUAAUUGCUACGAAGAAUCUAGUCUCUUUCCUUAGUAGAUAUGUUCUUACUUCGAUGAAACCAGAUGUUCCUCAACAUCGCGAUUACGACGAAUUCGAGGCUCUGUGCAAAGCUCAAUCAAAAGCAAAGAAGAAGUAA